GGAGAAGGAGGGGAAAUGGUUUUACCUGCAAAGCAAGGAAAAUGUAACACAUGGGGAUGGAGUUUGGAGACCAAAAUUUGGUUACUGGAAUGUUUCAAUAAUUUUUUUAUUCCUCUUCUUCCUUUAGAAACUUCUCCCCCCUUACCAGCCCCUGAAAAUGUGGAGGUUUAUUCCUACAACUUCCAGAGUUUGCUGAGGUGGUCUCCUGUUCCAGUGGAGAAUGGCUCAGUGUUGUACACAGCCCAGUACAGAACAAGGUCCUACGACACCUGGAGCGGGCUGGGCUGCGCGCAGAGCCCCCGGACGUGGUGCAGCUUCCCCCCCGAGCUGCGGCGGCGGCGCUGGACCGUGCUGCUGCGCGUGCGGGCCGAGCUGGGCACACGGGCCUCGCCCUGGGCGCUCACGCCGCCCUUCGUGGCACAGAGCAACAGGUUUCCCUGCUCUCUGUGUUUGUUUCCAGCCACUCUGGGCCCCCCCAGGGUGAACAAUGUCAGUGCCAGCCCCGACUCUCUGCUCAUCAGUGUCAGCCCCCUCUUCCCCCCCGAGCCUGGGGACCUCCUCCAGUACCUCGUGUCCUACUGGGAGAACAGCACCAGUGCCACAGAAAAAAAGCUAAGUGAAAGCAAGACACUAUUCCAGCUUGGAAACCUGAAGGAGUCAACACUUUAUUGCUUCAGCAUUCGCGUGCGGUUGAAGGUCUACUCAGGUCACCUGCUGGAAGGGCAGCCAAGUGUGCCCGAGUGCCACAGGACUGCCCUCAGUGAGGCCACCCGAGCUGGGUUCAUCGUCCCCCUGUCUGUCCUGGCCUUGGUGCUUGUGAACCUGGUGGUGGCUGCUCUGCUGUGCCUGUGGAAAAAACACCAACAAAUCAAAUUCUGGGCUCAGCCCCCUCUGCAAAUCCCAUCCCACUUCGAGGAGUUCCUGAGGAACCCUGGCUCGGCUGGCUUGGAGGAGCUGUACCUUCCUGCUGAGGAGGAGCCCCAGGCUCUUGUGCUUGGAGCAGGGAGUGGCCAGGAGGGAGAGGAUCCUUCCCCCAACACCUCCAGGGACAGGGCAGCCACUGAAGGGCCACCCCAGUGAGUGCCACCUGCCCCAGGCUGGCCAGAGGCUGCUCUGUGGUGUGGCUGCUGGAUCACAGCAACAUCCUGAACGUGGAUCCUGGCAUCACAGCAACAUCCUGAACGUGGAUCCUGGCAUCACAGGAACAUCCCUGGGAUCACAGCAACAUCCUGAACGUGGAUCCUGGCAUCACAGGACCAUCCUGAACGUGGAUCCUGGGAUCAUAGAAACAUCCCUGGGAUCACAGGAACAUCCUGAACGUGGAUCCUGGCAUCACAGGAAC